AUGGAAUUUCGCUCAGAUAAAUUGUGGCAAGAGUACAUUGACUGGGAAUUGAUGAACGGUGAGACGAAUCGUGUGGGAGCGUUGUAUGAUCGAUUGUUAUCGAUACCGACACUGCUUUAUAGCAAUCAUUUCGAGAAAUAUCAAACAUUUGUGAACAGUUAUGAGCCUGAUCGUGUGAUUUCUGAAGCCGAAUAUAAGGAAAUCUUUCCCAAGGUCGAAGAAGAGUUGAAAAAGGUGAUGGAUGGUGAGUUGUAUCUGGAAGAGGAGUACGAAGAUGAUGCACCACCAGAUUUCAUAUCGGAAAAUGGUGAAGAGCCACCGAAGAAGAUGAUUAAACGACGCAAAGUUUGUUGUUUCUUAUUGAUUGCUUCAUUGAACUACUCGUUAAUAUAUGCCAUAAAGGAUAUUGGCUUGUAA